UGUAGUUAAGACUUAGUUCAGCUUCCUCUAACAGAAGGUAAAAGCGGAUGUUGGAAAGUUUAUUAACACAAACUUUAUUAAAAAAAAUCUAUGUGCGUAGUUUCGGGUCUAGUAGUUGUGUUGCUCCCAAGUGUCUUGUGUUUCUUCGUUAACUUGAACACUGAGACAUUACACUGAGACGACAUGAAUCCAGAUUCUGCUGACCCUUAUAUAUUUUCAACGUACUCGUUACCCUCUGACCACCGUUUCCUGCCGCCUCUGACCAAUGGGACACUUGGAUGGAGAGUCUUUGGAAAAAUUAUGCAUAUGGGUGGAGUCUACAAUGGUCAGGUUGGAGCAUGUCACCGAGCUGAUAUACCAUGUCCGCUUGCAGUCAGGAUGAAGGUUAAGGAGGGGAAACACAUGUACAGCUUGGACACUCAUUCUGGGAUAUUCACUCACUCACUACUAACCCCUGAUGUGGAAGCAACUCAGGUGUUCUAUGCUCAUCGACAAUAUCCCAACCUGCUGGUCAUGGAAGUGCAGCUAAAGCGCCAGAAGAGCUCAGAGGAAGCAAUCACAGUUAGGCUUGAAAGUUCUUUCACUCCUCACAGUCAUGACAUUGCCUUUGAGAAGGCUCCUGACUACAAAGGAGGAAGGCACAUUUUCGGGCACACUAUGUCAGCAGAAGUCCCUGGAGUACUUCGUCCAUGUGUGCACCUCAUCUGGAGCCCUCUAAUCUCUGAUGUAGUGUUACAGCCUGACCAGAGCCAGUCUAGCUGGAGCUUCCUGGUUGCAGUUGCAGAGAGCAGUGAGAUCGCUCAAUCAUUCUUUGACACUGGUUUGGAGCUCACUGAACAUGGCAACCUGCAGGCUUCCCAUAUAAGAGCAUGGGCAGAGCUAUGGCAUGGCAGUAGUGUGGAGAUAACUGGGCCAAAACCUUUGAGUGAAGCUGUGAUUGGCUGCAUGUUUUAUCUUCUCAGUGAGCUCCCUUCUCUGACAGAGACACCCACACUGUUUGGGGGCAUCAGUCCUGGUGGAUUGUCUAAUGGGGGACAUGGACAAGGAAAGGACUAUUGGGGACAUGUUUUCUGGGAUCAAGACACAUGGAUGUAUCCUAACAUUGCACUUUUUCACCCUAACCUGGCCAGAACUGUCUUGGAGUACAGAAUGCGUACACUAAAAGGCGCCCGGGUCAAUGCCAAGGAGCAAGGCUAUAAGGGUUUGAAGUUCCCAUGGGAGAGUGCUGUAUCUGGUCAAGAGGUGUGUCCGAUGGACAGUUAUGGAAAGCAGGAGAUCCAUAUUAAUGGAGAUGUAGCUCUUGCCUACCGUCUCUACCUCUUCCUUACACAGGACAUGGAACUAUUUAUAGAGGGCGGUGCCAGUGAAGUGGUGUGGGGUAUAGCCGAUUAUUGGGUGUCCCGAGUUAUCUGGGACCCCAGUGACCAGCAAUACCACCUCAAAGGAGUGAUGCCUCCUGAUGAGUAUAACCAAAAUGUUGACAACUCGGUGUACACUAACACUGUGGCCAAGUACAGUCUGCAGUUUGCUGUAGACUUGGCUAGGAUGCUCCGGCAUCCUGCACCCUCAGAAUGGCAGGAAAUAGCUGAUAAGCUAAAGAUCCCCUAUGACACUGAACUAAAGUACCACCCAGAAUUUGAUGGUUAUGAAAAGGGAAGUGACGUGAAGCAGGCAGAUGUCAUUCUGAUAGGUUUCCCACUGGGGUUGCCCAUGAGCCCAGAGGUCAGACGGAAUGAUCUGGAAUUUUAUGAGGCCGUCACUGACCCGCUUGGUCCUGCUAUGACUUGGAGCAUGUUUGCAGUGGGAUGGUUGGAGCUUGGUGAAACUGAAAAAGCACAAGAGCUUCUGCAAAAGUGCUACAAAAAUAUACAGGGCCCCUUCCAGGUGUGGAGUGAGUCAUCUGAUGGAUCUGGAGCAGUCAACUUCCUCACAGGAAUGGGGGGAUUUCUGCAGGUUGUGUUGUUUGGGUACACUGGUUUCAGGGUCCAAAAAGACUGUCUGACUUUUUCUCCAUUAAUACCUAAUCAAGUGUCUAUGCUCAGUCUGAAAGGCAUCAGUUACCUUGGUAACAAACUGGACUGGGUGGUGGAGAGACAGGAAGUCAGUGUUGUAGUGAGGAACCAGGCAAAGGAUUCUGGCAGUGAGCAGCCGUGUCCUCUUGAGAUUGUGCUCCAGAGCUCUGGAGACAGAAUCCCUCUUAAUCCAGGGCAAACAGUGACAUUUCCAUGGCAAGCUGGCAAGAUCCAAAAACUAAGCACUACCUCAUUCUGCUGGCCUUUUUGAUCCAGAAAUCAUCAGUCAGUAUGAUUAUUUGUGUUAAUGCCAUGAACGACUGUUUUAAUAAUCAAUAUUUUAUGAUAUAAAUGAGCAGCUAGAUAUGCAACUAUUGUGUAUUUGAUAUUGUUUAAAUUGAUUGGUUGUCCUGUUUGUUUUUGAUUGCAUUCAAUUUUGAGCCAAGUGGAAAAAAAAUUAUGCAAUUUUCAAUUAUACAUUUAUGAAUGAAUGAAGGCCAUUUGUCUUAGCCAACUUCAACAAAAUAUAUCAAUCUAAAUUGAUGAGUUAUUCAAUAAAAGAAAUGUAAAAAAAAAUGGAUGAAAUAUAGACAGUCUUUGAAAUUUGUAUAAAAUAAAUAAAUGUUAUUUCUAUAGUAUGGGGUAAAAUAUAA